AAGGAGAAGAGCUCUCCGAAGCUUUCUUUCCACUUCUGCGCAGUCAUAUUUGCCCCUCGUUCUUCAACGUUCCCGCCGAUACUCCAUCCUUCAUACAUUCUCUACCCUGCUGCGAUACAGUCGGUCCAGUCAUUGCUGAAUCGUCUGGAGUUCUGAAGUAUCCAUUUCUCAGCCUUUCCCCCACCAUAUCGGAUAUACAAACGCAACCAUGUUGCUCCGAUUUCGAGGUCCAGACGCGAUGGUGCGCGUGAAUAUUGAACCAUCGGACACCUUUGCGAAGCUUGGGGAGAAGCUUUCGGAAGUGCUCCCUUCGACGGUUGACUUCAAUACCCUUACGCUGUCGCCAAAGCCCACUGGUGGAGAGAUCAAGCUGCUGAAGGAAAUAGCCAGACACAAGGUCUCGAAGAUCGGACUGAAACAUGGCGACAUGGUAUUCAUAACCUACAAGCACAAAGACGCAUUAGCAAACGGCAACUCAAACGGUGCAUCAUAUUCUACAAACGCAUCUCAACCCUUCUCAUCCUCGAACCGCCUCAACGGAACUGUAGUUCUACCCGCCGAAGACGUUCCAGUGAUUGCGGAAGCCUUGAAGUCACCAUCGGAGAAGAUCAAGAACCCUUGGGAGGUGGUCAAGCAAUCAGCGGUUGAUGAUAGGUUGGACAAGCAAAAUGGCAAGAUCCCUCGGAAGAAAGAUCAGAAGAUGUGCCAACACGGGGACAAGGGGAUGUGCGAUUACUGCAUGCCGUUGGAGCCCUAUAAUGCAGAAUAUCUGGCAGAGAAGAAGAUCAAGAAUCUUUCCUUCCACUCACACCUACGAAAGAUCAACUCCGCGACAAACAAGCCAGAAUUGGGAAGCUCGUUCAUGCCACCUCUGAGCGAACCAUACUACAGAGUCAAGAAAAACUGCCCUUCGGGACAUCCACAAUGGCCAGAGGGUAUCUGCACAAAAUGUCAACCAAGCGCAAUCACCUUACAGCCACAACCUUUCCGAAUGGUCGAUCAUGUCGAGUUUGCGAAUCCAGCUUUGAUUGAGACUUUGCUCAACUUUUGGCGUCACUCGGGAGCACAACGUCUAGGAUACUUAUAUGGACGAUAUGCCGAGUAUACAGAGGUUCCUCUGGGCAUCAAAGCCGUCAUUGAAGCCAUUUACGAGCCACCACAAGUCGACGAGGUGGAUGGUGUUACUCUGAAUGAAUGGGAAAAUGAGAAGGAGAUCGAUGAGGUUGCAAGACUAUGUGGCCUGCAGAAGGUUGGAGUGAUCUGGACUGAUCUGCUGGAUUCGGGCGUUGGUGACGGAACCGUUGUUUGCAAGAGACACAUCGAUUCCUACUACCUCUCUUCCCUUGAAAUCACCUUUGCCGCACGACUCCAGGCCUUACACCCAAAGCCAACCAAGUGGAGCGACACUGGCAUAUUCGGCUCGAAUUUUGUUACCUGCGUCGUAACCGGCGACGAAGCAGGCCAAAUUGCGAUAUCUGCAUAUCAAGUCUCAAAUUCGGCGGUGGAGAUGGUUAGAGCCGACAUUAUCGAGCCAUCUGCUGAUCCUACAGUCAUGAUCGUCCGGAACGAAGAGGAAGACGAAGAAGCUGAGAACCGCGCCCGAUAUAUCCCAGAAGUCUUCUAUCGGAGAAUUAACGAAUAUGGCAGAGCCGUCCAGGAAAACGCGAAGCCCUCGUUCCCAGUCGAAUAUCUUCUUGUCACGCUGACGCAUGGCUUCCCAAGCGAAGCAAAGCCCCUCUUCACAGCUAAUCCACCCUGCUUCCCCAUUGAGAACCGCGCUGUCCUUGGCCAAGAUCAAGAACUUCAAGAUGUUUCUAAAUGCUUAGGUCUUACCAAAUCCUCCUCGAAGCAGAAUGACGGCAUCAAUGCAGUAUCCGACUUCCAUCUUCUUUGCUUCCUCCACGGUGUUGGCAUCUUGGGCAAGGAGGAAGAAGCACUUCUCUGCCGCGUUGCAACGCAACACGAUUUAGCUGAUGGAACUGAGUUGACAUCUACCCCUGGUUGGGCAACAUUACUUACCAUAUUACAAACGACUGGCUAGAAUAAGUGUAGGUGCACUAUAUAGCUUGAUCCUCGAGGAAUAUAGGAAAUUUGACGAUUCGAUAGACGAUAGAUUGGUUGGGUCUAGAAGGAAAGACUGGGACUCAUCUUUCUGUCCUACGGGAUGCUGGUAAAAGAAGCGAUGAUAUCUGGGGAGGUUUGGGAUUUCAGGUAGCGCGGUGCAUAUAUGGCGUAGAAAAGGCUC